UCGAACUGGCUUUACCUGAGGCCGGUGAGUCUCGUUGGUCUCGUUGGUCUCCCUCACUUCAAAGAAUGGAGUCUCUCAAGACUCACGGUUAGGAAGAGGAGUUGAUAGAUGGGGGGGGAAGGGGGACGCCAGCGUUGUUGCGUUGUUGCCUCUUGCACUGCCUUCCCCAGCUCCAUCCACCAGGUCCUCACCACCUGGAUGGGUGGAUGCCACAGGAGCGCCCUGAGCGCCUCAAUCAUCUUCUUCCAGAUCUCUGGGUGGGUAGGCAGGUUGGUGGUAGGCAGGGCGGUAGACAAGUAAGUAUUAGAGAGGCACCUAAGGUGAAGGAUGCCCCGUUCCAGAGUCCAGAGUGCGUUGAAGAUGGCGUCUGAGGUGAUUUGUUAUUGUGGGUAGAUCGGGAAUAAGUUCGUGGGCCAUUAUGGCCUUUGGCACCCUUCGGACACUCAUAUACACGUUCUGCGUGCUACAGUUGUUAACCACCAUAGAACGGCAGGUCUUUGACUUCUUGGGGUAUAUGUGGUUGCCCAUAGUGUGGAAUUUUUUCAACAUUGUGUUCCUCAUAUUUUGCAUCUUUGGCGUGAACCAGUACAAAAGGAGCUACGUGUUCACCCACGUGGGAUGGUCCCUCUUGUGGUUGGGUUGGAAUGCUUUCGUGAUUUGUUUCUACUUAGACUUGGGUUCCUUGGACCGCAAUGAAGACCUGCUGAGCUUUGGCACGGGUAGCUUUAGUUGGUGGUUGGCCAAUGGCUACGGGUGCCACCCGGAAUAUUACCACAAUGCGAGCACCUUCGACUUGAACGAUGGCAAGGCCGGAUAUUUCCCACUUCGACCCAGCCAGGUCUAUGGUUGCGCCGUCGAGUAUUACUAUGUGGAAGUGAUUCACGCCUCCGUUCAGAUCACCCUCACGUUGGUGGUAGUGGCUCUAGUUCUUUAUUUCUGCUACAUGCUUCAAACCAAAGCCGGGCAAUCCCAAAAGUCCCAGAUCCAUGGCGGGAAAGCGCCCUUGUAUUCCAUUGAGUACAGUCCACAGGUCAAUGAUAGCCAAAUGAGUGGCACAUUGAUGCAGGAAACCACUUUGUAUGCCAACACCACAGACAGUGUACGGGCACAAAUGACCCCGCGAAGGGUCAAGCGCCGGUCCCAUGGUAGGAGCUCCACUCGGAGUGUGGCCCAUCCCAAGUCUUCCUUGAACCGCAAUCGUCGUUCCAGCACCAGGAGCUUGGGUCAUGUUAACAUUGGUAGCAUGCGCAGUAGCCAAAAGACCGUCAAUCCGGUCACCCGACUCUUGGACCAUCCAUCCCAUGCUGGUGCGACGGGAGCUCCACUGCGGCAUGCAUUGGAUUCGUCCACUUCGGACGAGUUCAACAAACAGAGCGAAGAGUACGGACAGAUUAAUCCGGCCUAUGAGUCGUCACGACCCAAUUCCCUGUAUUCAUCUUCCGUCAAUGGGGCUGCAGCCAGGGGUAGCGAUCCCCAAGACCGACCCCCGUCCACUCUUACGUCUUAUUCCAAUUUCCAUGGGCAGCGCAAGCCAGUCAAGGGCCCUUCCAUACCCAAUCCCACAGUUUUGACCCAGAGUGCAUUCAAUGGUCCACUCCCUGGGGCGUCUGCGACAAACCCCAACAUGAGUUUCGACGACCUACCCCCACCCCCGUCACCCAUCGCCGGCUCCCCCAUUCUAUCCCGGCAAGAUCUCAGUACUGGCCAAGUGCCCGUACCCCAACAGAGGAACCAGUCCCGCCGAAAUGAGUAUGUGAACAUGCCCAUGUCCUCUGCCACCAACCAGGACCGCACAUUGCCGCCCAUUCCCAACGGUGGUCUUAGUCACUACAACACCGAAGGCAAUGACACACAGACCCUCAGAGCUAAUGACCGACUCCUACCCCCUCCUCAAGCCAACGGGUACGCUCAUCAUAACGGAGGUGUACGACCCAAAACUAGUUCGUUGUUGUACCGCAAGGACCCCAGUUUCCCCGCCCCACCGGCUUCCACGGACGAGGAGUACGGCUUUUCGCAGCCUGUUAACCCGCUCGACCAUGGGCACUACCCACCACAGCCGCAACAAAACCAUCACCAACAGCAGCAGCAGCAGCAACAACAACAGCAACAGCAACAACAACAACAACGACAACAGCAGCAACAGCAACAACGGCAGUUACAGCAACAACCCAAAAAGAUUAACAUAGACUAUUCCCAAGAUGCGAAUGGGUAUGGCAAUGCUCAUGGCGGGAAUUGCAAAUGUUAUCGAUGUCAGAGAAAGCUCACUGCCAUUUAGGAGUAGCUCCGUUGUUUCCAAAACAUUUUUGUGCCCUUAAGCAUUGCUCUUGAAUGUUCCCUUUCUUGUAUUAUUACAUAGGUUGACAAAUAAAUAGAUUGAUAUAUAAAUAUA